ACACAGACCCAAACUUCGGUACUUCCGGCGAGCACUACAACCGUUCUCGUCACAUCCGUAAGGGACGGAACUACGGUGACUAGCACAAGUCUCUCCAUUCAACCUGCCCAGACACAGACUAUCGAGAGGACCACAACUGCUGUCAGUACAAGCUUAUCAAUCCAACCAGCUUCAACUAGAGACGUCACAAGCACACUCGUAUCGACCAGGGACGUGACAACUACGCAGCCAGCUAACAACGUCUUCCUUGGUCGCCCGGCGCCGUUCACGACGUGUGACAAUCAGGGCGUACAAUACGAAGCGGUCGUCAACGAUCAGCCAGGACAUGUCAACAACGCAUACACCGCCUACAACCCGGCAUACCUCAAAGCCACUUCUCAAGGCGGAACCAACCAACGGAUAUACAACAUCGGCACUCACACCACCUUCGCCGGAUUUGUCACGACUUGUCCCAACAAUGCCGCCUCGAACGUUACCUUCUACAACAGCCCGACCCCGUACUCCUGCCAGCAAUUCUCUCUCAACCAUCGUGGAUAUUUCUAUAUAUACGCCACCGGAGUCUGGACAUUCACGGCCACGUUGGUGGAUGAUGCGUUCAUUUUCUGGGGUGGUUGGUUCGCUCGGAAAGGCUGGACAAAGGCAAAUUCGGACAUUUCGAGCUGGUUCACAUAUGGACCAGGAAAUGGUCGCGGAAGCGUCAGUCUGACAUUGACUGCUGGGACGUACCUCCCAGUACGAGUCGUCUUUGGACAAGCCGUGGGCGGUGCAGGAUUCAAUCUCAACAUCACAGACCCAAGCGGUGCUGUGGCGUUGGAUACGAGAACCGUGUCAUCGCCGUAUCUGGUACGAUUUUCAUGUGACGGACAGGCGCCGCCGUAUAAUUACGAUUUUGGGCAAGAGAUUUAG